AUGGAGCCUGAAGUGGACCAGAAACACCCACCACCACAACAUCAAGUGUUCAUAAACUUCCGUGGAGAUCAACUGCGCAAUAACUUCAUCAGCCAUCUUGUAAAAGCCUUAAAAGGACAUGGAAUCAAUGUCUUCAUCGACACAUAUGAGCAAAAAGGUAAAGACAUCAAAAACCUUUUCAAGAGAAUUGAGGAAUCAAGACUCGCGCUGGCCGUAUUCUCGACCAGGUAUACAGAAUCAACCUGGUGUUUGGAGGAGCUUGUCAAUAUCAAGAACCGCGUAGACUUAGGCACGCUUGAGGUACUUCCUAUCUUCUACAAGGUGCCUACAGCAAGUGUGAAACAACUUGUGGGAGAGUUUGGUGACCAUUUCAGGCGUCGAGAGUGCGAGUAUCGGCAUGAGCAACCCAAAAUAGAGAGAUGGAAAAAGGCGUUGGAGUGUGUCACUGGUAAGCUUGGCUUCACAAUGGAUGAGAAAAGGUAUUACGAAAGUCUUGAUAGUUUCAAAAACGCAUAUAUCUGCGUUUACUUGCUAAUAAAACUAUGCUCAUAUUUCAAA